AUGACUGCGGCCUUCUGGACCAAAUCUGCUGUAACUGAUGGAGAUCCACCGAACCUGUGUUCAGACCCAGAAAAGAGAGGAAGAGUUCAGUGUGUCAAUGAAUAUAAAGACACUUACAGAAUCACUUUGACGAGUGUAAUAGAAGCUGAUAAACACAUCUACUACUGCAGAUUCACUACAAACAGAGGAACAUGGACAGGGAUUCCUGGAGCUCGGCUGGAUGUCACAGAUCUGCAGGUGGAGACACAGCAGAGUGUGAAAGAGAGAGAUUCAGUCACUCUGAGAUGUAAAAGCAGCUGCUCUCUGCCUCAACAAACAACAUUCAUCUGGUACAGAAACACACAGAGAUUAAGUACAGGAAUCAUCACAGUGAAUCAGCUUCAGCUGCGGUCAGUCAGUCGUCAUGAUGCAGGAAACUAUCAGUGUGCUGUUUCAGGAUAUCAACAUCUGAUCUCUCCUGCUGUUUAUCUUCAAGUACGAUGGGUUUAUGGUCAGCAGCAUUGGGGAGUGAAUUACAGUCCUUCAUAUGUUUGUGCAUUAAAGGGGUCAACAGUGAAUAUGUCCUGUACUUUAAAAUAUCCUCAUAAUCAUCAGCUCAGAACAGUCUUCUGGACCAAACCUGCUGUAACUGAUGGAGAUCCACCGAACCUGUGUUCAGACCCAGAAAAGAGCGGAAGAGUUCAGUGUGUCAGUGAUUAUAAAGACACUCACAGAAUCACUUUGACGAGUGUAACAGAAGCUGAUAAACACAUAUACUACUGCAGAUUCACUACAAACACUGAGGGUGGAAAAUGGACGGGGAUUCCUGGAGCUCAGCUGGACGUCACAGAUCUGCAGGUGGAGACACAGCAGAGUGUGAAAGAGAGAGAUUCAGUCACUCUGAGAUGUAAAAGCAGCUGCUCUCUGCCUCAACAAACAACAUUCAUCUGGUACAGAAACACACAGAGAUUAAGUACAGGAAUCAUCACAGUGAAUCAGCUUCAGCUGCGGUCAGUCAGUCGUCAUGAUGCAGGAAACUAUCAGUGUGCUGUUUCAGGAUAUCAACAUCUGAUCUCUCCUGCUGUUUAUCUUCAAGUACGAUGGGUUUAUGGUCAGCAGCAUUGGGGAGUGAAUUACAGUCCUUCAUAUGUUUGUGCAUUAAAGGGAUCAACAGUGAAUAUGUCCUGUACUUUAAAAUAUCCUCAUAAUCAUCAGCUCAGAACAGUCUUCUGGACCAAACCUGCUGUAACUGAUGGAGAUCCACCGAACCUGUGUUCAGACCCAGAAAAGAGCGGAAGAGUUCAGUGUGUCAGUGAUUAUAAAGACACUCACAGAAUCACUUUGACGAGUGUAACAGAAGCUGAUAAACACAUAUACUACUGCAGAUUCACUACAAACACUGAGGGUGGAAAAUGGACGGGGAUUCCUGGAGCUCAGCUGGACGUCACAGAUCUGCAGGUGGAGACACAGCAGAGUGUGAAAGCGGGAGAUUCAGUCCGUCUGAUGUGUAAAAGCAGCUGCUCUCUGCCUCAACAAACAACAUUCAUCUGGUACAGAAACACACAGAGAUUAAGUACAGGAAUCAUCACAGUGAAUCCGCUUCAGCUGCAGUCAGUCAGUCGUCAUGAUUCAGGAAACUAUCAGUGUGCUGUUUCAGGAUAUCAACAUUUGAUCUCUCCUGCUGUUUAUCUUAAUGUUGAAUAUCCUCCACAGAGUGUCUCAGUGUCCAUCAGUGCGUCUGGUGAAAUAGUGGAGGGAGAUUCAGUGGCUCUGAGCUGCAGCAGUGAUUCAAACCCACCUGCAGAAAUCAGCUGGUUUAAAGGAGGAAAGUUUGUAGGAUCUGGAAGAAUCUACAGCAUCUCAAAGAUCAGACCUGAUCACAGUGGAGAAUACAAGUGCAAGUCCAGAAAUAAACAUGGAGAGAAAUACUCUGAUAUUGUGAUGCUGAAUGUGAUGUAUGGUCCAAGAAAUGUUGUGGUGACCCUUAAUUCAUCUGGUGAAAUAGUGGAGGGAGAUUCAGUGACUCCGAGCUGCAGCAGUGACUCAAACCCUCCUGCUCUGAACUUCAGCUGGUUUAAAGGAGAAACAUUUCUGAAAUCUGGUGACACUUACAGCAUCACUAACAUUACGUCUGAAGCCAGUGGAAACUUUUAUUGCUUUGCUAGAAAUGAACAUGGAUCUAAUGGCUCUGCUGCUGUGACUGUGAAUGUCAUGUAUCCUGCAAAGAGCGUCUCGGUGUCCAUCAGUGCGUCUGGUGAAAUAGUGGAGGGAGAUUCAGUGACUCUGAGCUGCAGCAGUGAUUCAAACCCUCCUGCUCUGAACUUCAGCUGGUUUAAGGAGAAUCAAAGCCCAGCUGUUGGAUCUGGACAGAGUUUCAGCAUCUCCAGCUUUAACUCCAGUCACAGCGGACGCUACUAUUGUGAGGCUCAGAAUAAACAUGGAUCUCAGAGAUCAGCAUCUGUUUCAGUCUCUGUUAAAGGUGUUCAGAGAGCUGCUCUGCACACAGUUAUUGGGAUUGUGGUGGGAUGUGGAGGAUUGAUCAUCAUCAUCAUCAGUGUGUUUAUUAAGAAGAAAAGGAGAGACGGUGGAGCUGACGUUGUCAGACAAAAUCAGCAGGAUGAUCAUGUGGGCAGAUCAGCAGGAACGGCUCCGACCAAUGACGUUCCAGUGUAUUCACUAGUAUCAGCCAAUGAGAGGGAUGAUCUAUAUGCCAACAUUAAAGUGAAGAAACCCAAACUCUCUGGGAGAGAACAAACAGAAAAAGACUCUGGAGAUGCUGAAGAGAUUCAGUAUGCCAGUGUCCAUCACUUCAAGAACAAAGACAUGAACAAGACUAAAGAGACUACUGAGAUGCAGCAUCUAUCUGAUGUCAAUAGAUCUGAGGACGUGAUCUACAGCUCAGUCAAAUGAAGAACAUGUGGUCGAUCCGCAUUCUAUUGAUGCUCAUGGGAGACCUGGAUUUGAGUCCAUCCCAGGUCAUGUUCCAGCUCCCUCUCUGCUUGAUUUCAUCAUUUACAUAUUUAUGGGACUGCUCUGCUGUUUGGACAUUAAUGGCUUUCAGCUUAAAAUCAACUCGUUUAUUACGAUCUUAAUUGUGAAUAUCACACACACUGCCUUCACUCGACACUCACACAUGGACGCCACUCAGACCUGUAAUAGCUCUUUA